AUGGCUGAUCAGCGCCUGGAAAGGGUGCUAUCGAGGCUCCAAAAUCUCCCUUCAAUUUCUCUUCCAACCGACUAUCCAAGACCCACAGGGGCCAACAAAUUGAUCGAAUCAGUUCAUACUGCUCAAUUAUCCGAACAGACAUCGCUCAGUCUCCUCAAACUUGCUUUGUAUUCGGAGGAUGAAGAUCAUGAGGAAGAAGAGGAGGAUGUAGAGUCAUCGCACAAGAGACCAUCCGCGUUCCAUCUUUUAUUGGCUGCUUUUAUCGUUCUUUUGCACCGUUACACAGGAGACACGGACAUUGUCGUUGGCUCCUCAUCGGCGUCUGCGCGCGAACCUCUAAUUCUCAGAUUAUCUGUUGAUCCAGCAGACCCGUAUUGGGCAGUCGUUAGACACGUUCAGCAAACAGAAAAAGAGGCAGAGGCCGACGCUCUUCCUUACGAUGUUAUAACACAGGCCCUCAACAAAGGAAAAGAGGACAGCUUGGAUCGACCCCUGUUCCGCGUCCGUUUCUUUGACGAAACCGACGAACCAACUAACAACUUCAUUGGCUCGACCAGUGUCACAUCAGAUUUAACUGUUUUCAUUACUCGUCCUCCGGCCUCCACAAGAGCAUCGAUUGCUCCUCGUCUCUCUCUCCGCGUACUCUACAAUUCGCUUCUUUUCACGUCGGCACGUAUCACGUCGUUCCUUGACCAACUCUCAGUAUUUUUGCGCAAGGUUGCUGCGACCCCUCUUUCACCAGUUGGCUCAGUUCCUCUGUUAACACCCAGCCAAAAAGCCGUGUUACCCAAUCCUACUGGUGAUUUGAAUUGGUGUGGAUGGAAGGGUGCCAUCACCGACGUGUUUUCUCGCAAUGCUCGUCAAAAUCCUGACCGCCCAUGUGUUAUUCAAAGCCUUCCAACAGAAUCCCCUGACAAACCUCAAGGCAAGGUCAUCUUCUCUUACGGUGCAAUUUUGCGUGCAUCCAAUGUACUCGCCCAUCAUUUGAUCAUGAAUGGUAUUCAGAGGGAGGAUGUGGUCAUGGUUUAUGCUCAUCGUAGCGUCGACCUUGUUGUCGCUGUUAUGGCAGUACUCAAGGCAGGAGCAACAUUCUCGGUCGUCGAUCCUGCGUAUCCUCCGUCUAGGCAAAUUAUAUACCUUGGAGUGGCCAAACCUCGAGGUCUCAUCAUGUUGAAGGGUGCAGGGACAAUCUCACCCACAGUACGCGAGUUCCUCGCACAGGAACUGAAAAUCAAGGUUGAAGUUCCUGGCCUGGAAGUUUUCCCCGAUGGUCAUAUCGUUGGAGGAUUGGACCCUGUUGGCGAAGAUGUUCUUCGUGCUCAUAACCAUCUCGGUGAAACCGACCCUAAUGUCGUCCUUGGUCCUGACAGCAUCGGCACCCUGUCAUUUACUAGUGGAAGCACUGGAAUUCCCAAAGGCGUACGGGGCAGACACUUCAGUUUGACUCACUUUUUCCCAUGGAUGAGCGAGCGAUUUGGUCUCGACGAAACCUCCAAGUUUACUAUGCUAAGUGGAAUUGCUCACGAUCCCAUUCAGAGAGACAUGUUCACGCCUCUUUUCCUUGGAGCUCAACUUCAUGUUCCAACGGCGGAUGAUAUCGGCACCCCUGGACGACUGGCUGAAUGGAUGGCUGAAAGUGAAGUUACGGUUACCCAUUUGACACCAGCUAUGGGUCAAUUACUGUCGGCACAAGCAACCCGCCAAAUUCCUACCCUGCUCAACGCUUUCUUUGUCGGCGAUGUCCUGACCAAGCGAGACUGCUUGCGCUUACAAGCUCUUGCCGCGAACGUCCGUAUCAUUAACAUGUACGGCACCACAGAAACUCAACGUGCCGUCUCCUACUUUGCCAUUCCCCCUGUAUCUCAAGACUCCACGUUCCUCGCAACGCAAAAGGACAUCAUGCCCGCUGGAGAGGGCAUGAUUGACGUGCAGCUCCUGGUUGUGAACCGAAACGAUCGAAACGUGCCGUGCGCUGUGGGCGAGGUCGGCGAAAUCUACGUUCGUUCAGGAGGUCUCGCGGAAGGCUAUCUAGACCAGGACGCUAGCGCCGAGAAGUUUGUCAACAACUGGUUCGCUGUCAAUGCUCCUCCCCGCAAGGAUACGAUCCUGCAUCCUGAAGAAGGCUUCGCUGGCCCGGAGUCGCGGUACUGGAAGGGAAUCCGGGAUCGCAUGUAUCGCUCUGGCGAUCUGGGUCGAUAUCUCCCCGAUGGCACUGUUGAAUGCUCAGGGCGUGCCGACGAUCAGGUUAAGAUUCGUGGAUUCCGUAUAGAGCUCGGAGAGAUCGACACCCAUCUCAGCCAACACCCUCUCGUCCGCGAGAACGUCACUCUGGUUCGCAGAGACAAGGACGAAGAGAAGAUUCUCGUCAGCUAUUUCGUUCCAUUAGAAGGGUCCGCUUUAGAGGGAUAUGCUAGCAACGUUCCAGACGACGAAGAUGAUGGCAAGGGACUGGUCAAGGGAAUGAAGAAAUACAGACGUCUGAUCAAGGAUAUCCGCGAACAUCUCAAACAGAAACUUCCAAAGCACAGUGUGCCGUCACUGUUCGUACCUUUGAGCAAAAUGCCGCUGAACCCUAACGGCAAAAUCGACAAGCCAGCGCUUCCUUUCCCAGAUACUGCUCAAGCAUCGUACGCUGCAGGUCCUUCGGCACCUGGAGCGAGUGCCACCGAGAUCGCCAUGCAGAAGAUCUGGUCGACUAUUCUGCCGAACGCACCCCAGCCCAUACCUACCGACGAAAGCUUCUUCGAUCUCGGAGGCCACUCGAUCCUAGCUACGAGACUCAUCUUCGAAAUCCGCAAGGUGUUUGUUGUCAACGCUCCUUUGGGUCUCAUCUUCGAGAAGCCAACGAUUGCUGGGCUGGUCGAGGCUGUGGACGCUUUGCGCAACGCCGACCUUGGUUUUGCGUACAAGGAGCCUUCAGCAGCGUCGGCCGGCGCAACUACCUCGGCAGAUGUCAAGAACGCAGGCGUUGCUGCUGCUGCACCGCAUGUCGAGUAUGGCCAGGAUUAUCUCAACCUUAUCGAAAAACUCCAGCCCUCAUACGCUCCUCUGCCGGCGGAUUUCAACGAUCAUCCCAUCACUGUAUUCCUUACCGGGGCUACUGGCUUCCUGGGAGCCUUUGUACUCUACGAUCUCCUUUCGCGGACGGACAGAGUAAAGAAGGUCAUCUGCUUGGUUCGCGGCAAGACUGUCGAGCAAGGCCUCGAACGUCUGAAGGAAGGCUCGACCGACAGGAAUGUGUGGUCAGAUUCAUGGGUUUCCAGCGGGAGAUUGGAGGUAGUAACUGGCGAUCUCGGAUUGGAUAACUUUGGACUAAGCCAGGAAACUUGGAAUAACGUCGCCAACGAAGCGGAUGUCGUAUUACACAAUGGUGCUCUCGUCCAUUGGGUCUUCCCAUAUGAAAAGCUCCGAUCACCAAACGUCCUCGGUACCCUCACUGCCGUCAAUCUGGCAUCUACGGGAAAACAAAAAGUGUUCGUCUUCGUUUCGUCGACUUCUGCCAUUGAUACAGAACAUUACGUUCAACUGUCCGAAUCUUUGGCGCGUGGGUCGACAGACUCCAAAGGUGUUCCAGAGAGCGAUGACCUUGAAGGCGCGAAAUCGGCUCUGAAGACAGGUUACGGCCAGAGCAAAUGGGUGUCUGAAAAGUUGCUCUUUGAAGCUGGCAAACGUGGUUUGAGGGGCCACAUCGUCCGUCCAGGAUACGUGGUCGGCGAUUCGCACACAGCAGUUACUAACACGGACGACUUCAUCUGGCGUCUCGUCAAGGGAUGUGUCCAGCUGGGACUCGUUCCUGACAUUAACAAUUCCAUCAACAUGGUUCCAGUGGACCAUGUCGCACGCAUUACCUCGCUAGCAGCGGUUUCACCUUUACCCGACGCCCCUCUGUCAGUGUGUCAUGUCACAGCGCGCCCACUGCCUACAUUCAACGGCAUGCUGUCAUCACUGGUCCAGUACGGAUUCCCGACAGAAUCUUGCGAAUACGUCGUUUGGCGUCGCAAGCUCGAGCAGCACGUCAUGGAGGUCGGAGACAAUGCGCUCUUCCCGCUCCUCCACUUUGUCCUCGAUGAUCUCCCGACGAGCACCAAAUCGCCAGAGUUGGACGAUUCCAACACCGUCGCCGUUCUUCGUCAGGGAGGCGCGCAGCUAUCUGCCACUGUCGGUGAUGAUCUUAUGGGGUUGUAUCUGGCUUGGCUGGUCGGUGCUGGCUUCCUUCCCUCUCCCUCUCUUCCCUCUCCCCAAAAGGCUUUGCCUACAUUGGCCAAUGCCGGAAAUAUCAAGGCUGCUGGUCGAACAGGCGUUUAA